UUUGACGACUACCAUCUUUUCGACUUUCGUCGCCUGUUUCCUCAUCAUGUCAGAAGAACAACCAUCGGAUAGUGGGUCUACACGCUCAGGCCAUCUAGGAAAAACAUGGGAAAUUGCCGUUGUUAUUGCAGUGGUCGUCGUUGUCGUCCUAUCCACAAUAACUGUCGUAAUCACCUAUCGUCGGAGACGCAGACGAAGACAACAAGAAGUGGAUUCGGAGACUGGGAAGAUGUCCUUGUCGUCCGCAGCUAAGAGAGGCGGAAUGGCCGCAACGCCGUGGGGAUUCAAUAGUAAAAGAGAAAGGCCGAGUCAGGUUGAGAAUGUGGUUGAGAAUGAGAUGGCAAAGCUGUCUCCACCUCUAUCAAGUGAACCACCUCGUCCGUCAAGGACUGCAAAUUCAGACACCUCAUCAUCGCAGAAACCAAAGUACUAUUGGAAUGAGCGGUGAUUCGUGAGAGGUAUUCUUUUAUGACCUCUUUCUUCUCUCGAUUUCCUGGAUUUCUUGUUGUUCUCGUUCAUAUCAUCCGUAGAACUAUGUACACUCACGCCAACAGUACCGCAUGAACCAUUUAUAUAUAUAUACCUCUAUCAAUACCAACAACCUAACAACCUGUGUUAAUUAUGUGU